CGGAAGUGACAUUUCCUUGGAUAUUUUUAGUAACAACAAACUAUGUUAAAUAUAGCAUUUCUGCCAGUUUUUAGUACAUAGAGACUCGACAAAAGACACAUAAUGUUAAGCUGAGGAGAAGAUGGAAGAUAUGUUUGGACAGUAUUUCCGAGGCCAUGGGUAUUUGUGUGCCAGCCACCCAUUGGAAGUUAUUAUUGGCACUUUGACAGUCACAGUGUGUUUGGUUUCCAUGAGCAUGUUGGCUAUUGGGGAUAUCCUGCAUGUGUCUCCUCAGAGUCAGGAAACAGAAAGCUUGGAUGUAAUAAUAGUAUCCAUAGCCAGAUGUCUGGCAGUGGUCUAUGUUUACCUACAGUUUCGGAGUCUGAGGAGACUGGGAUCCCAUUAUCUAUUAGGUGUGUCUGGAGUUUUCACACUCUUCUCCAGUUUCAUAUUUAGUGUAGCUGUCAUCAAGAUAUUCAAGAAGGAUCUCACUGGUCUAAGUGAGGCACUGCCACUUUUCCUUCUGCUGGUUGACCUCUCUAAGGCAUGUGCCUUAGCCCGGUUCGCUGUGGGUUCUACCAGUCAGGAAGAGGUACAGAAGAAUAUUGCCACAGGGAUGGGUGAUCUAGGCCCGUCAAUAACACUGGAUGCUAUAGUGGAGAUGUUAGUUAUAGGUGUUGGUACUUUAUCAGGUGUUCAGCAGCUGGAGUUGAUGGCUUACUUUGGGUGUCUGUCGGUGCUGGCUAACCUCCUCGUGUUCCUGACAUUCUACCCAGCAUGUCUGGCUCUUGUUCUAGAUGUGACACGUGAGAGGAACCAUGGCAAGCCUCUCCGACACCUACAACAACUCGCCAAGUUGUUAGAGGCUGAGGAGAAGGAGAAAACUCCUAACCCAGUCACACAGCGAGUCAAACUCAUCAUGUCUGCAGGUCUGGUGAUGGUUCACAUACACAGUCGUCUAGGCAAAGAGUCGAAGAAAGUAGAAGGCUUUGGCAGCAUCAUGGCCACUAGUCAGAUGUCGGAGAAUAACGAGCUGACUCCAGACAUGAACUUCUGGCUAUAUCACGUACAAAGACAGUUGACUGUAAAUGCUGACCUGAUGGUGACACUAGUGUUGGCAGUUUUCCUCACUGCUAAAUACAUGUUCUUUGAUGACGAUGUGGAUGUGCCCUGCAGACUUUGUCCGUCCUGUACACGCUCCGGGGCCAGAAUCCGUCAGAUCUCCAGUUCCACAGACUUACCAGUUCCAGAAAUACCAGCACCUUCUGCAGAGCCUGUUCUAGAAGUUACAGAUGUUUCUCAGAAGACAACAACAUUUACUCUUGGUGAUGAAGAUGAGAGUUCCGAUGAGGAAACUGACACAAAGGAGAGUAGAGAAACCCAGACAGAACUGUUGGAGUUUGGUUAUCGGCCCCUGGAGAGACUGCCCUCUAUACAACCUCCACGGCCUGUUUCUGAAUGUUUGGAUAUUCUCAAGUCAGAUGAAGGUGCCAGUGGACUUACAGAUGAAGAAAUUAGUCGUCUUGUGGAAGAAAAGCACAUCCCGAGCUACAAACUAGAGACAGCUCUUGGAGACUACGAACGCGGUGUUAAUAUAAGGAGAGGAAUGAUAUCAACAAAACUACAGAAUAAUGAUGCCAUGGAGAACUUACCGUACAUCAAUUAUCAUUACGAAUUGGUGAAUGGAGCAUGCUGUGAGAAUGUAAUUGGUUACAUGCCGAUACCAGUUGGUGUGGCUGGGCCUCUUCUACUUGACGACAAAUAUUACCAUGUCCCCAUGGCAACUACAGAAGGCUGUCUGGUAGCUAGCACUAACAGGGGCUGUAGAGCAUUAGCACAAAGUAGUGGUGUAAAGUGCUGUUUGGUGGGAGACGGAAUGUCUCGAGCUCCUGUUGUCAGAUUCCCGUCCAUCAGGAAGGCUAGCGAGCUGAAACUGUGGCUUGAAGACACUGAUAACUUUGAGAAAGUGAAGGAGACUUUUGAUGACACAAGCAGAUUCGCCAGACUGAAGAAGCUACAGGUGGUUCAAGCCAGUCGCUACUUGUACAUUCGUUUUGUCGCAACCACAGGAGACGCCAUGGGGAUGAAUAUGGUAUCCAAGGGAUCAGAGAGAGCCUUAACUACUAUAUUGGAGCAGUUUCCUGACAUGGAGAUUUUAAGUCUGAGUGGAAACUUCUGCACUGAUAAGAAACCUUCUGCAGUCAAUUGGUUGGAGGGACGCGGGAAGUCUGUUGUUUCGGAGGCUGUGAUCCCGGGGAAAAUUGUCAAAACUGUUCUGAAGACGAGUGUGGCUGCACUAGUUGACCUAAACAUCAGUAAGAACCUGAUGGGGUCUGCAAUGGCUGGCAGUAUCGGGGGAUUCAACGCCCACGCAGCUAAUGUGGUCACGGCCAUCUUCAUUGCUACUGGGCAGGACCCAGCCCAGAACACUACAAGCUCCAACUGUAUCACACUGAUGGAGCCGACUGGACCUGAUGGUUCUGACUUGUACAUUAGCUGUACCAUGCCGUCUAUAGAAGUGGGCACUAUCGGAGGUGGGACCGUACUUCCUCCCCAAGGCGCGUGUCUCCAGAUGCUAGGUUUACGAGGAUCAGCGGGCAAGGCUGGAGAUCGCGCUGGUGAGCUAGCUAGAGUUGUGUGUGCUACGGUCCUCGCUGGAGAACUGUCGCUAAUGUCGGCCCUGGCUGCUGGACAUCUCGUUAGAAGUCACCUCCGACACAAUAGGUCCACAUUGAAUGUAAUAGCAGAUACCAGUGGGACAAGUAUAUCUAAAGAUUGUAAUAUAGACUGUAACAAUACUGAACUUAUCAACACUAGUCGGUCACGACAAAGUCCUGAAACAUGUAUAUCACACUCAGGGACAUCUACGUCAGAAAAUACAACCAGGAUGUCGGGGUCCGGGAUGUCUGUGUCAGAAACUACAGCCAGGACAUCGGGGUCCGGGAUGUCUGUGUCAGAAACUACAGCCAGGACGUCGGGGUCAGAAACUACAACCAGGACGUCAGAACCAGGGACGUCGGAGUCAGAAACUACAGCCAGGACGUCGGGGUCUGGGACGUCUGUGUCAGAAAAUACAACCAGGACGUCAGAACCAGGGACAUGUAUACUGAAGGCCUCAUGACAUCCUAUACCAUAGCUUUUUCAUUCCAUUAACUAGUCAUUACAGAAAUUGUGAAUCCAAGUCUUCUUUGCUGAAGAAAUAGGGUUGUUUCAUCAUCAGGAGGUGCUGCUUUAUCUGUCAAAAUGUAUAUUAUUGUAAUUGUACCUGUUUAUUUAUCAAGUAUCAAACUGCUAGUGUGGUAAACAACUACUGUAACAGUUUUAUUUAAACUAAAUUAUGAUUAAUCAGUUUGUGUCAGUUGUUCCGUAUCGCCUCCAUUAACUAGUCCCUGAAUAUUGCUCUCCAUCCAGCAUUAACUGUGUUCUGAAGAUCUUCCUUCUGUUUCAAACUGUAGCCAUGAUCAACAAGGUUGUGAUUUCCUGAGCAGCGGUGGCCGAGUGGUUAAGGUGUCUCAACACUUGAUCGCAUGCCCUUCACCUCUGGGUUGCGAGUUCGAAACCCUUUUGGGUCAGUUGCCAGAUACUGACUGAAGGCGGGUGGUUUUUCUCUGGGUACCCUGUCUUUUCUCUAUCUCCCCUGGCAUGUCCUUAAAUGACCCUGACUAUUAAUAGGAUGUUAAAUUAAAAUAAACCAAAUAAACUAAACUGAGCAGCAUUUUGAUUUGACAGUGUUUGAUUCUUCAUUCAUUUUAUCGUUUCAAUCUUGUCCAGAUCUCUCCGACCAAUCAUUAAAUGUUACAUUAGCAUCAGACCGGUGUAUAUUGUUCCACCCCAAUAUCUUGUUUCAUUCUCUGGUCAGCAUGUCUUCAUGGAAAUAAACAAGUUCACUGUGGUACUACAAUAAUUUUUAACAGCAGUUGUUGAGAAGGUGAUACUGUGAAAUUGCACAAAGAGAUUUAUCCCAGGGAAAUACAUCUUGUAUUUUCAACUAUAUAGUGCUGACUAUUUAAUUGUGCUAUUUUGAUAUAGAUUUGUACAACAGAUUAUACCAUGUGUAAAUAUUCUGCGAUUGGUCAGAAAAGAGAUGAAUGUUGCAUAUUGGACUGUAGUUGGUCAGGAAAGAGGUAAAUGUUGCUUAAGACAUUGAUUAGUCAGAAAAGAGGUGAAUGUUCAAUAUAUAGGACUGUGGUUGGUUAGAAAAGAGGUAAAUGUUGCAUAUAGAACUGUGAUUAAUCAGAAAAGAGAUGAAAGUUGCAUUUAGGACUGUGAUUGGUCAGAAAAGAGAUGAAAGUUGCAUAUAGGACUGUGAUUGGUCAGAAAAGAGGUGAAUAUUGCAUAUAGGACUGCGAUUGGACAGAAAGGAGGUGAAUGUUGUAUAUUGGACCGAUUGUUUAGAAAAGAGAUGAAUGUUGCUCGGAAAAAGAGGUGAAUGUUGCAUAUACAUAUAUGUAGGACUGUGAUUGGUCAGAAAAGAGGUGAAUGUUGCAUAUAGUACUGUGAUUGGUUAGAAAAGAGGUGAAUGUUGUAUAUAGGACUGUGAUUGGUCAGAAAAGAGGUGAAUGUUGCAUAUAGGACUGUGAUUGGUUAGAAAAGAGGUGAAUGUUGCAUAUAGGACUGUGAUUGGUUAGAAAAGAGGUGGAUGUUGCAUAUAGGACUGUGAUUGGUUAGAAAAGAGGUGAAUGUUGCAUAUAGGACUGUGAUUGGUCAGAAAAGAGGUAAAUGUUCAAUAUAGGACUAUGAUUGGUCAGAAAAGAGGUGAAUGUUGCAUAUAGGAAUGCGAUUGGUUAGAAAAGAGGUGAAUGUUGCAUAUAGGACUGUGAUUGGUCAGAAAAGAGGUGAAUGUUGCAUAUAGGACUGUGAUUGGUCAGAAAAGAGGUAAAUGUUCAAUAUAGGACUAUGAUUGGUCAGAAAAGAGGUGAAUGUUGCAUAUAGGAAUGCGAUUGGUUAGAAAAGAGGUGAAUGUUGCAUAUAGGACUGUGAUUGGUCAGAAAAGAGGUGAAUUUUCAAUAUAGGACUGUGAUUGGUCAGAAAAGAAGUGAAUGCAAAUCAUCAAACAGUCUGUUUCAUAUUGGACUAGGAAAUGUUCUAAAUCUAGUUUACAAAUAGAUUUCUUAUUUUCAGUGGUAAUUUGAAUAUGUAACCCUUGCAUUUUCUACAUAUCCUGCCAAAGUUAUUUUAUGUACCUAUUUUGCCAAAUCAGUUGGGAGUAUCCAACAUAUGAAAAUAAAGCUUAAAUUAUAGAAUACGUAGAUAUACUCAAAUUAUUGCCAUUGUAUGGUCAGUGUUUAAGAAUCAUUAAAAUUGUUACUCUUAGUUAUUACAUGUACAGUGUAAAGUUAUUUGCAUUCUGUGUCAACCAAAUUGAAUUACAUGUAAUAAAUAAUGGAUCAUA